GCAGCUCGAGGGAAACACACGCGCUAAGCUCUCCGUCUCCUCGCGCACACACAGCAGACUCUGAAGAAACCUCUAGUGGCCGGCGGUACACUCUACAGACUCCUCGAGGCGAUGACGUCGAAGCUGCGGGUCCAGACCAACGGCUCGCGGAUGGAGGCAGCCGGCGGGCUGCAGCAGUGCCGGCUGGCCCUGGAUCAGCUGGAGGACGCCAUCAGCUCCGUGAUGAAGGCCGAGAAGCAGCUGAGGGAAAACACCAGAGAGGUGCGUGCUGACCUCCAGAGCGGUGUGAGCCGUCAGCAGGAGGCUCUCCGCUGUCGAGAGGUUUGGCUGCUCGGAGAAAUCGAACUUCUGGAACACGUGAAGACUGAAGCUCUGCAGCAGCAGCUGCACCGGCUGCACUGGCUCCGAGGACAGUUUGAUGUGAUCACCCAUCAGCUGCACAACAACAACAACAACAACCAGCUGAUGAGCUGCCUGGAGAAGUUGUCCUCUCUGAGUCUGUCCCCUGAGGAAAGUCCUGAGAUGAAGUUCCAGGCUGACGGCCGCGCCCUGAGACACGCCAUCACCUCGUACGGCCGCGUCACGGCGCCGCUGGUGGAGGGCGUGUCCUCUCUGAACUGUCCAAUAGCUUCCAAGAAACAAAAGAUGGAGUCUGAGUCUCUGAGAGGUUGGCUGAUGGGCCCGCCUCCAUCACGCAGCGCUCCUAUUGGUUACCAGGCCAGCAAGAACCUUCAGGAUUGGCUGAUGGCUUACGAUGACAGCGAGACUUCCUGUCCCGGCUCGGCCUCGGAGGACUUUCUGCAGGCCUGGGGUCAGAUCUAUGACCUGGAGGCGUGGCUUCUCAAGGACCAGAGCCCCGCCUGCAGGGAGCGGACCGACAGCAGCUGUAGCUCCUCCUUCUCCAUUGAGAAGAUCGACGAAUCAGAGUUCACCGUCUCUUCUAAGGAGGAGGAGGAGGAGCUGAGCGACUGGCUCAUCACCCCGCCCACGGCUGCCAUGGAGGCCGUGUCGGACGCCAAGCGGUGGCGCCAGGUUCUGAAGCCGUUCCAGGACGGCUGGUCUACAGGUGCCUGGCUCAUGGGUCCGAGCCGCCCCCCCGCCGACUGCUCCUCCUGCUGCCAGACCGAGACCAAGGCCCUGGAGAUUGAGAACCUGGGCCAGCUCCUGUGCCUUAAGACCCCGGUGACCCCGCCGGUGACCCCGCCGGUGACCCCGCCGGUGACCCCGCCGGUGGCCCUGGAGGCGUGGCUUCAGCAGGCGGUGCCGGUGCAGCAGACCUGCAGGGCCAACGAGGUCUGCCCCUCCUUCUCCUCCUGCGUCUGUGAGGAGAACUGCGGGAGAGAAGCUCUGAGCCUCUGGCUGCUCCAACAGGACGGGAGAGACAAGAACGGGGUCUCUGUGGCCCCGCCCCCUGUCAAGGACGCCCCGCCCACCCUGCACUGCAGAGAGCAGGAACAGAAGGUCCAGGCCAUCCUGCAGGCCUGGCUCCACCCCCCCAGGACCUGGGGGGCUCCUGAGGGGGACAAGUCCAAGAUCUGGUCUCUGUUCCAAGGCCCUCUGGAUCCAGAUCUCUGGGUGCUCCCAAGGAAGACUCUGGGGUCAGGAGGUCAGGCCCAGCCAGCUGAGGAGGAGGACAAAUGGCUGCUGAAGAAGAAGAAGAGCCAGGCUCAGGAGCGCCUGGCGCUGCCCUCCGUCUGCGACCUGUUCUCCUGCAUGAAAGUGGGCGGGGACAACGACAAGUGGCUGCACAGACCUGCAGAACAGAUGUGAUGGUGAUGAAGAGGAUGGUGGUGGUGAUGAAGAGGAUGCUUCCUCUUGGAGUCACUAAGGCUGCACAACCUCAACCAUCACCUCCGUGACAUCACCGCGCUCUCCUCCAAUCAGGAUCCAGAGCUCCGUGAUCAAUACUUUGAUUCCGCCUUCCACUCGUGUUGUCUCCAUGACGAUGUGAUCUUCUGAUCGCCUCGUCAUCUAUUGAUCCUUGUUCAGCUUCACAUGGAAUCGUUUCAGUCUCGAUCGACUCAGUUAUUGAUUUGCAUUUUUCACAUUCAUCUCUUGCUGUGUUACCUGAUGCCUCUGAUUAUUGAUUUGGGAUUUUAAUUUGACCAAAUGUUCCAUAAUAAUCAGAAUAAUUACCCACAAUGCAUUGGUCAGAGGAUCAGACCGGAAGGGGCGGAGUUAACUUGGCCUUGACUCAAACUAACCUGUUUUAUGAUUGGCUGGGUUUCUUUAACGGGGUGAAUGCUCCUCUUCUUCUCUUGUGUGGAACGGCGCUCUGCACAUGCUCAGUCGUGUUUCCUCUUCCUGACUAACUUCAUGAAUGAUAUUAAUAACUCAGUCAAUCAAUACGUUUAUUAGUAGCUGUAUCGAUAGAUUUAUUAACAGAUGCUUUCUGCUUUUUAUCAAUUCAAUUAGGCGACAUGUUAUUAUUUGAACACCCUUUGUGUCUAUUCUGUACCCUGAGCUGAGUCUGGGAGGCAGUCCUGGCCCCUCUGACUGAGGCCUGGUGGAGUCACCCCCCCCCUCCAAGACGAGUUCAGGGCAGAAGGCACCAUCAAGUAGCUAUGUUACCCAGAAUGCCUCUGGGGUAAGCAUGCUGCAGCCUGUCAGGUCACAUGACUGCAGUCAGCAGUGAUUGGUGCUUUUUAUUGCUCUAAACAUUUUGGGGUGGGGCUAAACAUAUGUAGCUGUGAUGUCAUCAAUACCGUACAAUAAUAAAACAUUCUGACAUCA